AUGUGCCAGCGCGUGCUUCGAGCGCGCAUGUCGGAGGGAAACUUACCUGUUGGACAAAUUCAUGAGGACGUCAGGAGCUACCACCCUACUAGCAGAGCCGCACGCUUUGCCGCUGCCAUCCUAGCAGGAUUUCCCUGCCAGGGAGUCAGCCAAGCCGGGGCGCAAGCCGGAUUGAAGGAUGCUCGCAGCUCUUUGAUUAAAGAAGUGUUCAGGGUCUAUGACGAAGGGGAAUCUAUGUCGCUGCCUCAUUCAUGA